AUGGAGGUCGACUUGUCCAAGCGCGACGAGGUCGCCAACGCUGGCGGUAAUCCCAUCGCCUUUCCGCUUCUCCAGCUCAUCAGCGAAGCACGCAACGAGCAUGGCAUGCGCCAGCAGGACUACGCGCGUUACCGACGCUACUGCGCCUCCAAGGUGCAUCGUCUCCGCGAACUGCUGUCUCUGACCCACGCCGAUGGCUCGCACAAGGCGGACGCCAAGAAGAACAAGGGUGCCAAGGCUGCUCGCGGCAAGAAGCCCAAGAAGGUCCAGCAGGCCGCUGCCCAAAGCGCCGACGCCAAGGGUCAUGGCAACGUCUUCACCGCCAAAACGCUCGACGUCGCCCAGGUCAACGAUGCUCGACCCGCACACCUGCUGCUCUUUGAGGCCGAGAGAGCUUGGGCUUACUCCCAGGAGCUUCGCUCGGAAGCUUUCGAGGACGACUCCAACCCGCAGCUCCGCAAGCGUGGCAUCUCCAGGCUCCGCCGCGCAGAGCAGUGGUCCGAUUCGCUCCACCAGCUCGUCCAGGCGCUCGCCUCACGCUUCGAUGCCUAUGCACGUGCAGAGACUGCCGCAUAUCUUCUUACCAUCAAGGCGACCACCGCCUUCGACCGAUCCCGGUGGGACAAGGCCCUCCAGCUCCUCUCGGUCAACCGCACCCUCCUCAACGCCAUCGCCGCCAACAGCCCCACCAGUCGCGCAGAGGCCCUUGCCAACAGCUUCGUCGACGCCGGCGAGGCCCAGAUGCGCUACUCGGCCUACCAGCUCGGCAACUCGGAGCAGGACAUGGACCGCAUCGCCCAAUCCACCGCCACCCCCGAGGCCUGUGAACAGGCUCUGCCUGGCUAUGCCAAGCUGCUCCAGGAGCUCGCCGCCGCCAAAGCCGAGGCUGGCACUGUGCAGAAGCAGGCCCUCUCGCUCAACUGGCAUGGCCGCCAGAUCCCCGUGCGCAACCCCGAGCUUCUCGACACCAUCGUCGCCGCUCAGUCCGAGGAAGCUGCGCUCCGAGACUCGGUCCUUGUCGAGGCCGUCAACGACCGCGAUGCCUCCGCAGCCACGCGCAGCAAGUCGGCCAAUGCACAGGCCAAGGACGGCAAGCGUCCUCGUCUGUCGCACGCCCAGCGCAAAGCAAAGAAGCGCGAACUCGCUCAGGGCGAGACGUCGGCCGACGGCGCACGCAAUGCCACCAGCUCCACCGUCCGCCUCGGCAAGGCUGGACGCACCGAGCUCGACCCCUUCGACCGCGCCCUCAGCGCCUUCACCGAUGCAGAGGACGUCGCUCGCAAGCUCGUCGACGACAACGCCGAGGCCCUCUCCAAGAGCCACUCCGCUCGCUACGAGACCGCCAGCAAGGAUCUGCAGACCGCGCACGACUUUGUCUUUUACCGCCUGCUCGCCCUGCGCAUCUGGCGCAACCUGCGCCUCGUGGCUGAGGUCGAGCAGCGCGCCGAGAAGCGUGAAAAGCGCGCCAUGUCGAGCGUCGAGGCUCGCCUCAAAGGCAAGGCUGGCACUGGUGCUGCUGCGAAGCGCAGCAAGAGGAGCAAGCGCAAGCAGCAGAAGCUCGACGAAGCUGCUGCUGCAAAGAAAGCCACCCCUCGUAGAAACCCGCCUGGAUCCCGUGCCAAGCAGCAGCGCUCUGCCGGCCGCAAGCAGGCACGCAAGCCUGCUCGUAGCGGAACGCGAAAGCUCCGCUCGAGACAAUCGCUGGCCCGCGAGAACCGAGCGCGUGCCAUCGCGGCGCAAAAGUCGAAGCGACGCGGCGCCCGUGCAGUCCCCUCGCUCGCCAAGCUCCUCGAUGCGGCCGAGACGAGUCUCGUGGCCAUGGGCUCCAUCGGUCUCAUCGAGUCCGAGCCCGACGUGUCCAGUCUUGUGGAGGCCAAGGCGGCUUGGUUCCGAAGCGAGAUUCUGAGGCAUCUGGCCCGUGCUUUCUCGCUGUCGGGUGCUCAUGCCGAGGCCGUCCUGCUGCUGACCCGUGCUCAGCUGUACAUCCGACAGGCGCGUCAGGCGGCCGAGCUCGCCGAGGAUGUCGAUGAAGAAGACGCCGACUUCCCGCCGCGCCUCAAGUCGAGCAGUGGCUCUGACGCCGUGUUCGAUCACUCUGACGAGGUUCUCGCCGGUCUUAAGCGCGGCGUGCAGAAGGCAAUUCUCAAAGCUCAGCAGCAGGAUCAGGGCAAGAAGCGCAAGGCUGGCUCGACCAUGUCCGACUCGCGUGCCGGCCAGGCGCUCCAGGAGCUUGCCCGCAAGUACAUCGACUUUGACCCUGUCUCGCUCGAAGACGCUCGCCGGGUGCCCGACGAGGUCAAGGCCGAAUACGAGCAGGAACAGCGGGCUGCCUCCACUCCCGCUGCCAAGGCCAAGCCCACGGCCGCAACCAAAGCACCCGCCAAGGCAGCCGCGAAGGCCAAGGCUGCUGCCGUGCCCAAGGCCGCUCCGGUGAAGCAGCCCGAGCCCAAGGCAGCGCAGCCUCAAGUCGUCGAGGAGACAGAGGAGGCCGAAACGUACGACGAGCCUCAAGACGAAGAGGACGAAGCUGAGGAGGCAGGAGACGUCUCGCUCGCCUACGACCCUGGCAACGCACUUGCCGAAGAAGAAGAGGCGCGUCUCGAGGCCGAGGCCGCCAACAAGAAGAAGGGCUGGCUCGGCGGCUGGUUCGGCAGAGGAUGA